AUGAAUGGUAGCUCUACACCAGGACCCCUGGUCCUCAACUUCGAGCAUUUGACACGCAAAGAUGUCAACUCAGUUGGCGGGAAGAACUCUUCACUCGGCGAGAUGAUCGGUGCCCUGAGUGCUAAAGGAAUACCAGUCCCGCCAGGCUUUGCUACGACUUCGCGCAUGUACUGGCACUAUGUCGAUUUCAACGGGAUACGAAACAAGAUGGCCAUGCUGGUGGCGGAAUGGGAAGCAGGUAAGAUAUCUCUUGCCGAAGCCGGCCAAUCAACCCGCAACCUGUUUCUCCGCGGUACGUGGCCGACCGAUGCGGCAACAGCAAUCAUAGCCUCAUAUCAUGAUCUUUCGGACAAGAUAGGCGCCAAGAAGCUCGGCGUGGCCGUCAGAUCUAGUGCGACUGCUGAAGACCUGCCUGAUGCAAGCUUUGCUGGCCAGCAAGAGACGUAUCUGAAUAUCUCUGGCGAUGAAGCUCUCCUGGAUGCCUGCCGCCGGUGCUAUGCGUCGCUGUUUACCGACAGAGCGAUGAGCUAUCGCCGGGUCAAAGGCUUUAAUCAGAUGAGUGUUGCGCUCUCCAUCGGUAUUCAGUGCAUGGUUCGCUCUGAUAUCAGCGGCUCCGGUGUCAUGUUCUCCAUCGACACCGAAAGCGGCUUCGACAAGAUUGUGCUCAUCAACGCAGCAUGGGGCCUGGGCGAGAACAUUGUACAAGGAACUGUAAACCCGGAUGAAUACCAGGUCUUCAAGCCGCUCCUCUCCAAUCCCAAGCUCAGCCCUAUCCUAGAGAAGAAGCGAGGCGAUAAGGGGGUCAAGCUGGUUUAUGGAGACCAGCAGAUGCCAACGCGCAACGUGCCCACGUCAAAGGCAGAGCAACACUCUUUUGUGCUCAAUGAUGACGAGAUCUUGCAGUUGGGGCGUUGGGCGUGUACCAUUGAAGAGCACUACGGAUGCCCCAUGGACAUGGAAUGGGCCAAGGACGGCAUCACGGGCAAGCUGUUCAUUGUGCAGGCCCGGCCGGAAACUGUGCAUUCCCAUCAUGACGCCAGUGUCUUCAAGACUUACAAAGUCAACAAUAAAGGACGUGUCCUGGUCACUGGUCUUUCGGUUGGCGAGGCGGCGCUCUCAGGACGGAUCUGCUUCGUUUCAUCGCCGGCGGAUAUAAACCAGUUUAUCGACAACUCCAUCCUCGUGACGGAAGCGACGGAUCCCGACUGGGUCCCUAUAAUGAAGCGAGCCGCGGCCAUCAUCACAGAUCAUGGGGGACGCACCUCGCAUGCCGCCAUCGUCAGCCGCGAGCUCGGCCUCCCCGCCGUGGUCGGCACGGGCAAUGCCACUUACGUGCUGCACAGCGGCCAGGACGUGACCGUGUCCUGCGCCGAAGGCGACUGCGGCUUUGUCUACGAAGGCAUCUCGGACGUGGUGAGCCAGACAGUCAGCGUCGCGGGACUGCCCGACGUCAAGACCAAGAUCAUGCUCAAUCUGGGCAAUCCGGCCGCGGCCUACCGCUGGUGGCGCCUCCCGGCCGAUGGCAUCGGACUCGCUCGCAUGGAGUUUGUCGUCAGCAACUACAUCCAGGUGCAUCCCAUGGCCCUCGUCCACUUCGACCGGCUGAAGGACGCAGACGCCAAGCGCCAAAUCGCCGAGCUGACGGCGGGAUACGCCCACAAGCCCGACUACUUUGUGGACAAGCUCUCGCGCGGCUUCGCGGCCCUGUGCGCCGCCGUGUACCCGAAGCCGGCCAUCCUUCGCUUGAGCGACUUCAAGACGAACGAAUACGCCGGGCUCAUUGGCGGCGCCGAGUUUGAGCCAGACGAGGAGAACCCCAUGCUUGGCUUCCGCGGCGCCUCCCGCUACUACUCGCCGCGAUAUCAGGAGGGCUUCGCGCUCGAGUGCCGGGCCAUCAAGCGCCUGCGCGAGAAGAUUGGCCUCAACAACGCAAUAGUCAUGGUGCCCUUCUGCCGCACCGUAAAAGAGGCCGAGAAGGUGCUGGACGUCAUGGCGCGCAACGGCCUCAGACGCGGAGAAAACGGCCUGCAGGUCUAUGUCAUGUGCGAGAUCCCGUCCAACGUGAUCCUGGCGGCGGACUUUGCAGCGCAUUUCGACGGCUUUUCCAUUGGCUCCAACGACCUGACGCAGCUGACGCUCGGCGUGGACCGCGACUCUGGCGAGCUGGGCGGCCUUUUUGACGAGCAGGACGAGGCCGUCAAGUGGAUGAUUUCCCACGCCAUUUCCGUGGCACGCAAGAAGGGCUGCAAGAUUGGCAUCUGCGGACAGGCCCCGAGUGACCAUCCGGAGUUUGCAAAGUUUCUCGUGGACGCGGGCAUUGAUUCCAUUUCUGUGAGCCCGGACAGCUUCUUGGCUGCGAAGAAGCAAGUUGUGGUGGCCGAAGAAGUGUUGGGGAAGAUGCAUAGCUAA